AUUUGCAAUGAGCCUUAUUUCUAUAACAAAAUCACAGAGCAGGAAGCUGAAGAAAUGCUUUCGUCGAUGGUAAAACCGGGCAGUUUUCUUGUUCGUCGUGGAGAGAGCAGUAAAGCGUUUUUCUUGACCGUAAGAGCUCCAAAAGGGGGACCCUCGUUCAGGCAUCUGCCGUUUAAAUACGAUAAAGAAAGCAGCAGCUUUGUAGCACAGUUUGGUUCAAUGGACGACAGCAAGAGUUUUCAAACAAUAAACGAGCUUGUCAGUCAUUUUCAAGUCACACCGAUACCAUUUGAUGAGGACUCGCCGGAUUUAGUUUUAACUCAUCCUUGGAACAAAAGUGAAGUGUGA